AUGUUAUUUGCCAGCUGGAGCCUAUCUUUUAUUUUGGUGUUGUGUUCGGACGAUUUAUUGAAAAGUCUUAUCUUUUUUUUCCUGUCAGGCAAGAUGUCUGCUCAGGCUCAGCGGGAGCAAGAAGCUGAGAUUGAAGAUGAGACAUUUGGCCCUCUCCCAAUUGCAAAACUCGAAAACCAUGGAAUCAGUGCAAAUGAUGUGAAGAAACUGGAAGAAUCUGGCUACUUCACAGUUGAGUCUGUAGCUUUUGUCCCAAAGAAAAGUCUCUUAGCAAUCAAAGGGAUCAGUGAAGCCAAGGCAGAUAAAAUAUUGAUUGAAGCUACUAAAUUGGUUCCUAUGGGUUUCACAACAGCCACAGAAUUUCACCAGAAACGAUCAGAAAUCAUUCAAGUCACCACAGGAUCCAAAGAACUUGACAAACUUUUACAAGGUGGCAUUGAAACUGGCUCAAUCACAGAAAUAUUUGGUGAAUUUCGAACAGGAAAGACUCAAUUAUGUCACACAUUAGCUGUAACCUGCCAGCUUCCUGUGGACAUGGGAGGAGGUGAAGGUAAAGCCCUUUAUGUUGAUACAGAAGGAACAUUCCGUCCCGAGCGUCUUUUGGCCGUGGCUGAAAGAUAUGGUCUGUCAGGAAGUGAUGUGCUAGAUAAUGUAGCUUAUGCCAGAGCCUACAACAGUGACCACCAAACACAAUUGUUGAUGCAAGCAGCUGCGAUGAUGGCAGAGUCCAGAUAUGCUCUGUUAAUUGUUGAUAGUGCAACAGCACUUUAUCGUACAGAUUACAGUGGACGUGGAGAACUCUCUGCUCGACAAAUGCAUCUUGCCAGGUUUUUGCGAACCCUCCUCAGACUUGCUGAUGAGUUUGGUGUUGCAGUGGUAAUUACAAAUCAAGUUGUUGCCCAAGUUGAUGGAGCUGCCAUGUUUUCUGCAGAUCCCAAAAAGCCAAUUGGUGGAAACAUUAUUGCUCAUGCAUCAACUACAAGGUGA